CCUCAGACAUAUACAUCUGUAACACUGUAACACACAUAGAAUGAAGAUGGAGAGAAGGGGAAGCAGUGGCGGAAGGCUGAACGAGGAGUGUCUGCUAGUAAAGAGAAAGAUGAUAGCGAUGGAUCAGGAUAAGGAAGCCGGCAUGGACGAGCUGCUCGCAUCUCUCGGAUAUAAGGUCAGGCCCUCAGACAUGGCGGAUCUCGCUCAGAAGCUGGAGCUGCUGGACGAAGCUAUGGGGAACAGCUCCAUGCAGGAAGAUUCCCUUCUCUCUCAUCUCGCUUCUGAUGCCGUCCACUAUAACCCUUCCAAUCUGUGGAGUUGGGUGGAGAACAUGCUCUCCGAGCUCAACCCCCCGUCGUCGCCUUCGGUGACAUUUCCAAACCCUAGCGCUCAAGAAACCUCUCCCAUCGGUGUGUCUUCCUGGUUGGGAUACCCAUAUCCGGCCGAAUCAGCUGUGGGUAUCCAGUCUGAUUGUGGAUCGGAACCCCAUGUCAGAUCAAACGACUGGAAGCGGAUGAGGACCUCGUAUUCGUUUUCUUCUUCUUCAUCUUCUUCGGCCGCUUCCAGCGGUGGAUUGAUUGGGGCAUCGGAAGUUCCCCCAUCGGCUCUACCGAUGGUAAUGGCACACUCUGAUCACGAGGUCGGAAUCCGCCUCAUCCAUGCCCUAAUAGCCUGCGCGGAAGCUAUACAGGAAGAGAACUACAAAUUAGCAGAUACAAUCAUGAAACAAAUUCCCUUCCUAACAUCCUCCCAACACGGCGCGAUGCGCAAAGUGGCCGUCUUCUUCGCCGAAGCCCUAGCUCGCCGGAUCUACCACAUCCACCCCAACCAAGACCAUUCCCUCGACUCCGCUUUCUCCGACAUCCUUCAAAUGCAUUUUUAUGAAACCUGCCCUUAUCUCAAGUUCGCCCAUUUCACCGCCAAUCAAGCCAUUCUAGAGGCCUUCGCAGGCCAUCGACGGGUUCACGUUAUCGACUUCGGUAUAAAACAGGGGAUGCAAUGGCCAGCCCUAAUGCAAGCCCUCGCUCUCCGUCCCGGUGGCCCUCCUUCCUUCCGCCUCACCGGAAUCGCUCCGCCCCAAUCAGACGACUCCGAAUCGCUGCAACAGCUCGGCGUAAAACUUGCCCAGCUUGCCAAAACCAUCCACGUUGACUUCGAGUUCCGCGGCCUGGUCGCCAACUCCCUCGCCGAUCUCGAACCCUACAUGCUUGACGUCGAACCAGAAACAAUCGCCAUCAAUUCUGUCUUCGAACUCCAUGGUCUCCAUGCACUUCCAGGAGCAAUAACCAAGGUGCUCAACACCAUCCGCCAAUUGCGGCCGCGAAUUUUAACUAUGGUGGAACAGGAAGCGAACCACAAUGCAGUGGAGCAGUUCACGGAAGCGUUGCAUUACUACUCGACGCUGUUCGAUUCAAUGGAUGAUGGCGGAUCCGCCGAGGGUUCGCCGGAGAAGGCGAUGACGGAAGUAUUUGUCGGGAGGCAGAUCUGCAACGUGGUGGCGUGCGAAGGGGUGGAGAGAACGGAGAGGCAUGAGACGUUGGAGCAGUGGAGGGUGAGGAUGGCUGGUGCGGGGUUUGAAGCUUUGAAUCUCGGAUCGAAUGCGUUUAAGCAGGCGAGUAUGUUGCUUGCGCUCUUUGGUGGAGGAGAUGGAUAUCGGAUCGAGGAGAGGGAAGGGUGUCUUACGCUUGGAUGGCAUAACCGACCGCUCAUCGCCACCUCCGCUUGGCGUGUCGCCGGCGCCGGCGAUGGCGGCGAUGCUGCGCGGUGAUCCUCCUUUUGUCUUGUGUUGGGUUGGCUGCCUUGUUUUAUUUUUUUAUAAUUACAUAGAAACCAUCCGAACAUUGAUAUUUACAAACUAAGCCCUGAGGUGAUUUUGUUGAACUAUAGAACCAAUGUAGUUAUAUAUGUGCCAUGAUGAAGCUAUUGAAAAUUUGAUUCAAAUGAAAAA